GGUAAAAGGAACUGGAACCCCACAGGACGGGAGCCAGAUUGCUUCAUUUUUCCCCGAUACUACAGUUUUGUUUGGUAGGUUGCACUAUCUUCAACUCUGCGGUUCCUAAGUACAUAUGCUUCGUAUUCGGCACCUAUUCAUCGAUCAUUCUUUCGUCACUUACAUUUUUUUUGGUUCAUUACCACUGGUAUAAUUUAGCUGACAUCGCCGGUUUCACGGCUUGGUCGAGCACCCGCGAACCGGAACAAGUUUUUCACCUUUUGGAAACUGUGUACGGUGCCAUUGACCAAAUUGCCAUGCRCCGAGGUAUUUUCAAGGUCGAAACCGUCGGAGAUUGCUAUGUUGCCGUGUGCGGGCUUCCUGACCCAAGAGAGGACCAUGCCAUUGCGAUGGUUCGAUUUGCUCGUGAUUGUCAGCUGCGGAUGGCGUCUUUGAGUCAGCAGUUGGAAGUUGCGCUAGGACCAGACACGGCGGACCUUGCGUUUCGGUGAGAUUUGCUGAAAGAAUCGUUGCGUAUUUUUCCUUUGUCACUGCUUGUAUCAAAUCUAUAAUCUAUCUAAUUACGACUUGCUUUCAUUGUUAGAAUUGGAAUGCAUUCUGGACCAGUUACAGGUGGAGUCUUGCGAGGACAAAACGCCCGGUUUCAGCUCUUUGGUGACACCAUGAACCAGGCAUCGAGAAUGGAAAGUACCGGCGUCAAGAAUAGAAUUCAGAURUCGGAAACGACGGCCAAACUGUUGAUCGAUCGUGGCAAAGGGAAGUGGUUGGAAAAACGUUCAGAGAAAGUCGACGUGAAGGGCAAAGGUUUGCAAGAAACGUACUUUUUCAAGCAAUCAUAUGGAAAGCAUGAAACUGUAUCCGUCACAUCAGGUUGUGACGCUGAYACAAUCAUGAGCGCGUUGAACUCCGUUCAGCAGCCACUGGCAAACCUWCAACCCCWCAAUARUUGCAUCUCAAUUAAAACGCAACGGCUUGUCAAGUGGAAUACCGAAGUAYUAUUUCGUCGCAUCAAGUCUAUUCUACGGUACCGUGAAAGUGCUGUUCACGUCGAAAUSAGUCAAAAUGUUGCAAAUGAGCUUCAUCGAUACGUGCUCGAAAUUGCCUGCAUGUAUAGAGAUAAUCCGUUUCACAAUUAUGAGGUAAGCRAUGAUUGUAGUAUSGUCCGUUACCUGCCACAUUUUAAAGCUUACGUGAACAURCGCGCUAAAACACUAAAUUUGCUUUCCAUUUCUUUUCUUCACUUACAGCAUGCAUCUCACGUAACUCUUA